AUGAAGUGCGUCCUGGCGCUUUGCUUCGUGCUCGCCUCUGCUGACCUCCGUGACCAGUUCGAGGAGUUGCUCCGAAAUUGGACACAGGCCGCCGCAGGCAAGGGCUAUGCGGUGGCAGCACAGAUUGGCUGGUCCAGCGCCUCUGAGCACUUCACCGUAGCAGCGGGGCCCGCCGGUGUUGGCGGGCGCCCGGCCACGUCGAAGGACACCUUCCUCUUCGGCUCGGGCACCAAGCCGCUGACCGCGGCGGCGGUGCUUCGCCUGGUGGAGCAAGGCCGCAUCCAGGCCACGGACUCGGUGGCGGCCAUCGUGGAUCCCUACCUCAGGCGACACCAGGAGAAGACCCUGGCAGAGCUCUUCGGAGCCGGUGUGGAAGCUGCCAGCGUGCUGGACGUGAUCCGCAUGACCGCGGGCUUUCCAGAUUUUGAGGUGGGGGAUUUCGACGAUCGGAUGCUGAAUGCAGGCGGCUUCCAGCCCGUGUAUGCUAAUCUCCGGUACGCCGCGGCCUUCCAAAAGAACGCCACGGGCAAGGCGCUGCUCUGCGCGCCGAAGAGCUGCUCCGCCUACAGCAGCGCGGGCUUCGAGGUGGCGGGGCUGAUUCUGGCGGCGGUGUUGGAGCCGCAGGGCUCCUAUAGCGACAUGGACCUGGGGGAGGUGUUGCCGAACCGCUCUCGCUACAGCUCAUUUGCCUUCCCUCCAGUGACCUCCCCAACCGUAGAGGUGGAGUCCCUAAGGCUCUUCCAGAAUCUGAGCUUGCCGGGCUAUGCCGCCAUGUAUGGCGCACCCAAAGAGAUCUUCCAGCAAAACCCCUCCAUUCUGGGCUGGACCUGCGGGAACCUCGUAGCAUCUGCCGGGGAUUUGGCGAGGUUCUGGUACGAUCUGAUGGACCAGAAUUCCCCCUCCCCCGUGCUGGGCCCUGCCAUGCGCGGGGAGAUGCUGCGGAUGCAGCCACUGACCCAGGGCUGGGCCAAGGGGGCGCCAUAUGGCGCAGGGGUGAUGCUGAACACCGUUAGCCCGGCGUCUCCUGAUCCCAAAAGCUUCUUCUUUGGUCACGGCGGCAUCACCUACGGCUUCGCCUCCUCCUCGGGCUACUGGGCAGCGUCCUCUGCCGGCUUCAGCGUGGUGGUGAAUGUGGACGUGGGCACGGUCUUCACGCUGACGGUGGCCUGCCACAUGAUGCAACUCGCAGCAGCUUGGGAACACAAGGAGAGCUCUCUGAAUUGCAGCGAGCAGGAGGAAGUUCUGGGCACGCUGGAGAGAGAGGGAGCAAGAAGGGGUGUGCAGACAUAUUGGGCCUAG